CGACAAAAUGCAGUGGGUGGCGGUUUCUUCGUUUGGUGUGGCGAGGCGUCCUGAGCCAUGAUGACACACACCACAGCAGCACACAGCACGCAACGACGUGAUCACCCAGCAUCAAUCAUCGCGACAUUAUCACAACGACCACGCCACAACACCAAGCACACACGCGCCACAGUCCACCAGCCAGUGUGUCCUUUGUGGCAGACACAGACUUUGCAACGUUGCAACGACACAGGAGACACACGUCGCGUGAACGAUGAGCUUGUCGACAACGAGCCAUGUGUUGCUCGGCGGGGUGGCGGUUGCGUUGAGCGCCGUGGCCUGCGGCUUUGCGACCGCUGCCUUCCUCGCCACCAAACAGCAGCACCACGAGCAGCAGCAAGAGCAGCACACACUCUGUGCCAAGUGUAAGCAACAAGCACGUGGGUCUACUCCACCCACGGAGCAGCCUCUCACCACCACCGGUCGCCAAAACGGCCAACCACACCCAGACAAAACUGGACAGACAACAGCAGCACAAACGGACAAUGCAGCAGCCCACACGGCACAUGGUCCACAAAGGGCAAGCGGCAACAGUGGCAGUGGCUCAGGCCGUACCACUAAGGAGGACCAGGAAGUGCCCCGCGUGUUGAGGAGAACCGACAGCUUCAAUGGGGCGCUGGAUGAUGAUGAUGAUGAUGAUGAUGAUGAUGAUGAUGAUGGUGGUGAAGAUGAUGAUGAUGAUGAUGAUGAUGAUGAUGAAGGCCAAGGGGACAGUGCCGAGGCCCGUCGGGGCGCCGCCCACAGGGAUGCGCACACUGAUGCUUCGAGCCAGGACGGCAGCAGCAGCCCUAGCAUGCUGGCAGUCCCCAACCGCGGCCAGCGCCGCGCCCACUCCUGCUUCGCGCUUGGGUGUAUUGAAGAAGGGCAGAAGCAUCAGCAGCAGGCACCGCCAAGCAGCGGUGGUGGCAGUGACACGAGCAUUGGCAGCUGCACAUCGGACCCCUCGCACAGCGCUGCGGAUUGCGAGGACCACGCCGAUGGCAACGGCGUCAAGCGGCACCAUGGUGCGACAGCUCGUGCCACGCGCAGCCUGGACGGCAGCCGGCAGUCAAGCCCAAAGGCGAACAGGAAGCUGAAGCGCAAGCACUGGAGCCUGCGAGGCCCGAGUGCAGGCGUGCUGGAACGCAUCCAGCGCAACAUGUCGCUGCGGUCGCACCAGUCUGAGCUGGAGGAAGACCCGACCGCCACCUACCGCGUGUUCCUCAUCCGCCACGCAGAGUCUGCGGCCAACGUGGAGGCGUCUGUGUAUGAGAGCACUGCCGACCACAUGAUCCCGAUCACGGAGCGCGGGCGGGAGAUGGCGCAGGACGCGGGGCGCGCGCUGCGGCAGCAGUUUGAGUCCAUCUUCGGCACGCCCGAGCAGGCCGGGCGCAUCAAGGUCUGGGUCAGCCCCUUCCUGCGCACCCGCCAAACAGCAAAGGAAAUCCUCAAGGAAUGCGGCGGCUGGAUCACCAGCGUGCGGGAAUCGCCCAUGCUCGUUGAACAGGACUGGGGGCUGUUUGAAGGCACAGGGCUGGAUAAAGCGCCUGAUUCGCACCCCGACGAGUGGCAGCGCGUGCAGUCGAUAGCCAACCAUCAGGGCCGAUUCUGGGCACGCUUCCCCAUGGGCGAGAGCUGCUUUGACGUCUGUAUGCGCGUACAGGCCCUCUUCCCAGCCCUGCACCGCGACCGCUCAGCCCAGGGCCGUCGGCGUGAUUCGUCCAUUCCAACCGUCGUCAUCAUCUCCCACGGCAUCACCAUUCGCGCCUUUCUCAUGAUGUGGUGCCAGCGCCGCCCAGAGUGGUUCCAAGCGUCUCGCAACCCGCCAAACUGCUCCAUCCGCCUCAUCGACCAUUCGAACCCUCUGUGGGAUGCUGGGUAUGUGUUUGGUGGGUUUGGCGCUGAUGGGCAGCCGUUGUCCAAGGAUGAACUCAACGAAGAAACGUCCCUCAAGUUUCUCACAGAUCGCCAACUCUUCUCCCACUGCUACGACGACCUUGUCGAUGACAUGGCCACGUGGAUCAGCGACGAGUGAAGUUGGACGCAUGCGUGCUGCUGUGGCGUUGCUCUCUGCUCUCGUGCUUCUUGCGUUGCUUUGCCUUCCUUUCUUUUUCGCUAUUUCUAUGUGUCGUUGUGUCGUGGCCGGCCACGACACCACAUAGUCUGAAUUACCUGACCUGCGAUUAUUUGCGUUGUUAUUAUAGAAUUGUCCCAGAUUGAAUAAUUUG